AAACUCGACUCAUCCAAAUUCAACUAAACGUUUAAGGUCUUCAUCGCCAUUUAAGUAACUGGAAAUCUCGACCUCUCGUGGCCAAAUGAGAGACGAACGUCAGCUGUCACGUGCGUUUCAGUAACGUGACUUUCACAAACGGGAAGUGCGAGUCGAGACUGAAAACUUCCCGUAAACGCGUCUGGUUUGUCCCGGUUAACUGUCCCUGGUGUGUCCGUCGGUACGGUGCUGGACAUCCUGAAAGACAGCAGGUUGGAGUCCAGCGGAGUUUAGGAGGCCGACAGGCAGCAAUGGGCUCCAUGUUUCGCAGUGAGGAGGUCUGCCUGGUGCAGCUCUUCCUUCAGUCCGGCUCGGCCUAUAAUUGUGUCAGUGAGCUGGGAGAGCUGGGCCUGGUUGAGUUCAGAGACUUAAAUCCGAAUGUGAACUCCUUUCAGAGGAAGUUUGUUGGCGAGGUCAGACGAUGCGAGGAACUUGAGAAAACAUUUACCUUCGUGGAGCAGGAGAUCAAUCACUCCCUGUCUCCACCCUUGCAGGGUCCACUCCUUCCUCCAUGCCCGACACCUUUGGCCCCUCAGCCCCGCGAACUCAUCACCAUAGAGGAGGAGUGCGAGAGGCUGGCCAGAGAGCUCAAGGAGGUGUCCAGGAACAGAGACAGCCUCCGGGCUCAGCUGACCCAGCUCUGUCAGUACCAAGGAGUCCUGACCACGACGCACUCUCUCACAGCCUCACAGGCACCACCACCUGUCCUCGAAAGCCAAGGCCUGUUUGAUAACCGCCAAGAUGUCCACCUCAGUUUUGUGGCAGGAGUGGUCCAUCCUUGGAAGGUCCCCUCAUUUGAACGGUUGUUAUGGCGGGCGUGUCGCGGUUAUAUUAUCGUGGAUUUCAGAGAAAUGGAGGAUCGACUUAACCUUCCGGACACGGGGGAAAUGCAAUGGACAGUGUUCCUCAUUUCCUAUUGGGGGGAUCAGAUUGGACAGAAAGUCAAGAAGAUAUGUGAUUGCUUCCGCACACAGACAUUUGCAUACCCUGAGAACACUGCUGAGAGAGAGGAGAUUCUCCAGGGACUUCAGGGCAGAAUUGAAGAUAUUAAAUCAGUGUUGUCACAGACUGAGACCUUCCUGCAGCAGCUGCUGAAGCGGGCGGUGACUGUACUGCCCCAGUGGAAGGUGCGGGUGCAGAAGUGUAAGGCGAUCCAGAUGGUGCUGAAUCUCUGCAGCCCCUCCGUUACUGACAAAUGCCUGAUCGCUGAGGCCUGGUGUCCCACUGCCAAGCUGCCAGAACUGCAGAACGCUCUGAGAGAGGGAGGGAGGAGGAGCGGCAGUGGGGUCGACUCUUUCUACAACCGCCUGCCUUCCUCCACCCCUCCACCUACUCUGUUUCCCCUCAACUCUUUCACAGCUGGUUUCCAGAACAUCGUUGAUGCCUACGGAGUGGCCAGCUACCGUGAAGUCAAUCCAGCGGUGUACACCAUCAUUACAUUCCCCUUCCUGUUCGCUGUAAUGUUUGGGGAUGUGGGUCAUGGUUUACUGAUGACUCUGGUUGCCCUAUGGAUGGUCCUUGAGGAGAAGGACCCCAAACUCAAGAACAACAACAAUGAGAUCUGGAGGAUGAUGUUUGGAGGAAGGUAUCUGAUUCUGCUGAUGGGACUGUUCUCUGUCUACACGGGGGCCAUUUACAACGAGUGCUUCAGCAGAGGCCUCACUACCUUCGACUCUGCGUGGCACGUCGGCCCGAUGUUCGAGAAGAACCUAUGGAAUUCCUCAGUCCUGGCAGGGAACCAGUACUUGUCCAUGGAUCCUGUUGUGUCUGGUGUUUUCACCAGCCCCUAUCCAUUUGGCAUUGACCCGAUUUGGGGGCUGGCCAACAACAAACUAACUUUCCUCAACUCAUACAAGAUGAAGAUGUCAGUUGUCAUCGGUGUCAUUCACAUGACUUUUGGUGUCUGCUUGUCAUUCUUCAACUACUGGCACUUUGGCCAGAUAAGCAGUGUGUUCUUUGUGCUGCUCCCAGAGCUGUUCUUCAUGGUGUGUCUGUUUGGCUACCUGGUGUUCAUGGUGGUCUUCAAAUGGAUCGCCUACACUCCCGCCCAGUCCAAAAUUGCUCCCAGUAUACUUAUCCACUUCAUAGACAUGUUUCUUUUCACAGACAACCCCGAAAACCCACCGCUUUAUAAAGGACAGAUUGUGGUGCAGAAGAUCCUGGUGGUGCUGGCCCUGUGUUCUGUCCCGGUCCUCUUGCUGGGGAAACCCACGCAUGAAUACAUCACAUUCAAGAAAAGACGACGUCAAGUGGAGGAAGACAGACGUCCGCUGGUGGCUGACGACAGCUCCGUCAACACGCAUCAAGGGGAGGUGGAGGGCGGAGCUGCUGAAGAGGAGGAGUUUGAUGCCGCUGACGUGUUCAUGCAUCAGGCCAUCCACACCAUAGAGUACUGCUUGGGCUGCAUCUCCAACACCGCCUCUUACCUCCGACUCUGGGCUCUCAGUUUGGCACAUGCACAGCUGUCAGAGGUGUUGUGGGUGAUGGUGAUGCGUAUUGCCCUGAAGUGGCAGGGCUAUGUGGGAUCUGUAGUCCUCUUUGUGGUUUUCGCCUUCUUUGCUUUGUUGACCAUUUCCAUCCUGCUGGUUAUGGAGGGACUCUCAGCAUUCCUGCAUGCACUCCGUCUGCACUGGGUGGAGUUUCAGAACAAGUUCUACAGUGGAUCAGGCUACAAGCUCAGCCCUUUCUCUUUCUCAUCUCUGAUCAAUACAUCAGCUGCUAUAUGAUCGGCCAAGCGAUGACUUAGGAACGGUUAUGUUAACUUAUGUAUAUUAUUAUACUUGGACUACAACUACACACAUCAGAAUGAUUUUGUCUCCUCGUCUUAACAAUGGUAUUCUAUUGCCUUUAGGCUAUGAAAUGGUUUAAUUCACUUGCACAAUGAUCAUGAUGCUAUAGACUGUUAUCAGUAGAAUGAGAAUGAGUCCCUAUAAUUAAUUGCAAUUGCAUUAUGUGAAAUGAAAAAAUACUUUUGUAUCCCCUUGCUUAUUUUUCUCAUUAUCAUAAUGUACUGCUGUCUAAUUAGUUACUCAAAAAUAGUAAUCUUUUACUUUUCACUAUAUGAACAUAUAUUAUAGAUAUUGAUUAUGAAAAGGGAAAGCACAUCAAUUACUGAAUCUGUUCUCUAGUUUAAGGGAAUGAAUGAUUGUUAAAUUGGUGUACUGUGCUUUAAUAAACCAGUCCUGUAGGAUUCUUGAAAUUAUGGCAGGAAGUUAUCUGAAUGAUCUUCAUGAGCCAAAGAUACUACUCCCUCAUCUUCAUGUCUUCCAAUGACAACAGGUAUUUAUUGGAAGUAAAGUUUUUUUCAUGUGCCUUACUGGGACUGAGUGCUUGUUUAUCCACUUUUCAUAACAUCCAUUAUCAUGCCACUAGUUGAACAAAACUGUCCUGGACAUUAUCUCUUUUUCCCCUGCCAGUUUUCACUGUAAAAUGGAUCAAAUUUAAACUUAAAUUAAAUAUGAUUUUCUUGUGUAA